AGUGUACGACGGACAGUCACAGCAAGAACAUUCAAAAUCAUCUCGCAAAAUAAACUAUUCUACUUUGUAAAUUUAUUAAUUUUUACACGUGCUAUCGCCCAUAAUUUCACCCAAUUCUUCAACCCUCCCACACACCCUUCGCACUCAAUUGAAGAUGUUUCGCGGUGGGUGAUUGUAGUAAGAAUAAUUCUUCACUGUAAAUAUCCACCCAUUCAAUCUCUACGCAAAAUGGUUAAAAAAAUAACGUGUGAAAAAAACUUUUUUAUAAGAAAAAACAUGCUGAAAUAAAAGAAAAAAUCUGAUACUACGAGAUAAAAAAAGCUUUCACAAAAGUACAUGAUGCAAAGGAGAUUGCCACAUAUUUUUCUUUUAUGUGUUAUUUAUCAACUUCUCAAUGUGGCAAAUGCAAAUCCUGACGCCAAAAGACUGUACGAUGACCUACUAAGCACCUACAAUAGACUAAUAAGACCUGUGAGCAACAAUAAUGACACAGUCCUCGUGAAAUUAGGACUUCGACUUUCGCAACUCAUUGAUUUGAAUCUAAAGGAUCAAAUCCUUACAACAAACGUGUGGUUGGAGCACGAAUGGCAAGAUUACAAAUUUAUAUGGGAUCCAACGGAAUAUGGUGGUGUAACGGAAUUAUAUGUACCAUCAGAACAUAUUUGGCUUCCUGAUAUAGUUCUCUACAAUAAUGCUGAUGGAGAGUAUGUUGUAACAACGAUGACAAAAGCAAUUCUUCACUAUACAGGAAAAGUUGUAUGGACACCUCCGGCUAUUUUCAAAUCCUCCUGCGAAAUAGAUGUUCGGUACUUUCCAUUUGAUCAGCAGACGUGCUUCAUGAAGUUUGGUUCGUGGACCUACGAUGGUUUUCAGAUUGAUUUGAAGCAUAAAGAUCAGAAGAAAGACAAAGGCAAUAAGGUGGAAAUUGGGAUUGAAUUGCGUGAAUUUUAUCCCAGUGUUGAAUGGGAUAUUUUGGGAGUACCAGCUGAACGUCAUGAGGAAUACUAUCCUUGCUGUUCAGAGCCCUAUCCUGAUAUUUUCUUCAACAUAACUCUCCGACGAAAGACUCUCUUCUACACCGUCAACCUGAUAAUCCCCUGCGUUGGAAUAUCCUACUUGAGCGUAUUAGUCUUCUACCUACCAGCGGAUUCUGGUGAAAAAAUCGCACUCUGCAUCAGUAUUCUCCUGUCACAGACAAUGUUCUUCCUUUUGAUAUCAGAAAUCAUCCCAAGUACCUCCUUAGCCUUACCCUUGCUGGGAAAAUAUCUCCUUUUUACCAUGCUCCUUGUCGGUUUGAGCGUCGUUAUAACAAUCAUAAUCCUCAAUAUUCACUACCGUAAGCCCAGUACACACAAAAUGGCCCCCUGGGUGCGGAGUUUCUUCAUAAAGCGUCUUCCAAAGUUGCUCCUAAUGCGUGUACCGAAAGAUCUCCUACGAGACUUGGCUGCACGUAAAAUAAAUUACGGGAAAAAUUUGAAAAAGUCAAAAUUCGGCGCUGCUCUUGCGGCUCAAGCCGCCAUGCAGUGCAAUUCCGGUGGCUCAAGCCCAGAUUCCAUUCGACACAUGCAAGGUCGCUCCGGGGGAUGCAAUGGUAUCCACACGACAACCGCUACCAACAGAUUUAGCGGAAUAGUAGAGGCUCUAGGUGGGGGACUAAGUAGCCUCGGUGGCUACAAUGGACUACCAUCAGUAAUGUCGGGCUUGGAUGAUUCAAUAAGUGAUGUGGAAAAUCACAAAAAGUACCCAUUUGAAUUGGAAAAGGCCAUACACAAUGUGAUGUUCAUCCAACACCAUAUGCAGCGUCAGGAUGAAUUUAAUGCCGAAGAUCAAGACUGGGGAUUCAUUGCAAUGGUACUUGAUCGUCUCUUCCUCUGGAUCUUCACAACAGCUUCCAUUCUCGGGACAUUUGUGAUUCUCUGCGAAGCUCCAGCUCUUUAUGACACAACUGAGCCAAUUGAUAAGAAAUACUCAAUUAUUGCACAGAAGCUCUUCAAUCUCACCAUUAAGGAUUAAAGCUCCUACUUCUUAAGGCAUAACACAUGAAUAACACAAUUAACAGAACAAAUUUAAAGAAAAAUAAAAAGAAACAGAAGACGUAUUAAAAAAGUUAAAGAAAAUAAUACACAAAGUACAUAAUGAUCUAUGUAAAGCAACAUUUUUUGUAUACCCUGUCUGUGUAGUUUUGUUCUUUAAACCCUUAUUAUAUAUGUAUAAAAAAAAUCUUAC